ACACGAGAAUGACGCCUGAGGUCAUUUCGAGUACUUAAUACGGCGCAUCAUCUACUUUAGAAAGCUACCUUAUAUUUACACUGAUCUACGUAAAUGGAACAAUUAAAUUCUAAUAUGCAUUCUCAAUUAUCGGAAAGCAUAAUUCAACGGUUACGUCAUAAAAAAAUAUUCACUGUAAUCGAUUUUAUAAUCGAGGAUCAAGACAAAUUAAGAACUGUAACGAAUCUUUCAUUUAAGGAAGUGAUUGACAUUAAGAAAAAUCUUACAGACAAAUUUGGUGGCAUUAUAAAAAGACCCUCAGUUUUAUGGAAAUUAGAACAACUAAAUACAGUUCGCACUAAAAUAAGAAGUUUGGAUGAUUUACUAGGCGGUGGUUUAAAUCCUGGUCAAAUAUAUGAAGUAUGUGGUUUAUCUUCCUCUGGAAAAACACAAUUAUGUCUAACAAUUGCAAGUAAUAUUGUAUUAUUACCGAAUAGUCUUGUGAGGUACAUUGAUACCAAAGGAGAUUUUUUUGCCUCCAGAGUAAAGAAUAUUUUGAAGUAUAGGACUAACAGCAAAGAGGAAAUCAAUAAAGCGAUGGAGCAGAUAAGAAUUACAUUGGUGCGAGAUUCUAAUAAAUUACUUGUUAUUCUGCAAUAUAUAAUAAAUAUUUUAAAACAAGAGAAUGAUAUGCGUACAAAAGCCUUAAUCAUCGACUCUCUGCCAGGAAUAAUUUUUAAAUCUUCUAAGGACCCAGAAAUUAAUUUUAUUUUAAAUCAUUUAUCAAAUCUAUGUCGAUUUAUAGCGAAUGAAUUUAAUAUACCUAUUAUUAUAGUAAAUUUAAUAACUCAUUGGACACUGCCAAAUGAUAGAAGCAGUGGAUCCGCAACAAAAGAAACACAAACAUUAGUAAAUCCUGCAUUAGGAAAAUAUUGGCUGCAUAUACCCAAUACAAGAUUACUCAUUGAAAAGUUAAAUAAUAAUUAUAGAAGAAUUUCUGUUUGGAAAAGUUUUCAAAUUAAAAUGGAUUCUGUAUGCAAUGUUAAAUUAAACGAAGCUGGUGUUACAUGAGUGAUAUAUAAUUUAUUGAAAGUAUAUUAGAGAGUAAUUGUAUAAAAAUCAUAAGUUUAAGGGGACUAAAAUUGUUCAUCAUCUUUUGUUCAAAGCAUGUGAAACUUUAGUGACAGAUAUGAAAAAAAUAAAAAUAUGUAACA